GCCAUACAAUGUUAUUUUUGUUUUUCUUGUAGGUUAUGGAUACGGUCUACCUAUUUCACGAUUAUAUGCUCGUUAUUUUCAUGGAGAGCUGAGCCUACUCUCUUGUGAUGGUUAUGGCACAGAUGCUAUUGUGUACAUGAAGGCUUUAUCGAAUGAAGCCAAUGAACUGCUGCCAAUUUUCAACAAGACUUCGACCAGGUUUUACCGCACGACAAUCCCGACCGGGGACUGGAGCAACCAGUCAUCUUGCAUGAGUGUACGUCACUUCGUCACAUCCCCUACCAACAACACCAACCGCACGGAUCACAAAACUGAGCUUUCCCGCUCCAUGUAGUCAGACGGGUCACUUUUGAUAUGUGAUAAGACUGAGUCCAGCCCACUUUUAUCUACUUUCUGCAAUGAAACAUUUUCUAUCUACGUUUCUCAAAGGAAAGAUGAGAGCAGCUGCUUUUCUUUUAAGAAUGUAUGUUAGCUUCCAAUUCUUAAAUUUUAGUAAUAGUUUUAUUAGUUGUUACUUGUUAGUUCUCAGUAUAUAGGGAAACUAUAAUCACGGUUGAAUCAGUAAAUAUUUUAUGUUUAGUUUUAGAAUUCACAUGUUUCAGCAUUGAGAUUUUGUUGGAUGUUGUGAUUCACGUUUUUAAAUAACACUUGUCCUCUUAUCCGAACCUA